GUUUUCAUUUAGCUGGCUGGCUAGCAGCGUUUGUUUGUUACAUUUACACGGUAUGAAAACAACUAAUUAUGUUUAAACGCAGUAACUGAAUGGCACUCAAUGUGUCAGUAAGUUUGGUUUCCAAACGGACCAAAUACGGCUUUCAUCGCGAUAUCUCAUGACUGCGAUGACCUGCAAAUUAAGUGGUCUGUUCAGCAUUGGCGAGGACUUUGAUGAUGAGGACCUGCUUGGGACAGACUGGACUGUCCGCACAGCGUCUGGACCAGCCGAUGUGGCAGCUGCUGUGUCAUCUUGCUCGCUCCGGGCUUCCUCUGCUGCUCACAGAGAGCCGGAGAAAAAUUGCCUUCAGCAGCCUGGAGCGAGAUCAGCUGCCCUGUGUAAUGGCACAGCAUCAAUGAGCAGCACACACACGACUGCUGGACAAACUGUUGCUCUGGGUUUGAGACAGCUCUCCUCCUCCGCUCAGCCCCAUCCCCCCACACUGAAUAACUCUCAGCCUAAUUUGGCAUCACAACAGAGUCCUGCUGACACAGAGGGGCCGCCAAAGCCCUGCGUGGCUGAGGAUGAUUUUGAUGAUUGGGAUGUUGACCUGGCAGAUCUGGAUGAAUGCGACCGCCAGAUGGGGCAGCCUCCUGCUCCAACCCCACCUGCGCCUGCGUUCGAGCCUGCAUCUUCAGCCAAAAUGCUGCGACCCCCGACCUGUGGAGGGAUUCAGACACAACCUAAUCGGCCCCUGAGGGACUUCAGCACCGCACGCCAGUCCUCAUCAAGUCAUAACCUACCUCCUAGGACCUCCUCUAUGCCCCCUCUGAGAUCCCCAAAUCCCAGCCCUGCUUUCCCGUCAGCCCCUCCACAGAGUCCGAGUGUUUUCCCCGGCCGCACUGCGUCUUCUCCUGCCCCUAACCCCAUUCCCAGGACACUAAACCGUCCCCAGCCGCCACAUAGACCAUUUGCAACUCCUGGACCCUCUCCUCAGGGCCGUGCCCUCUUUCAAACUGUCUCUCCAGCGCCUUCUUCCACCCCGUCUGUGAGCUCCUCCACUCUGAGCCCUCAUCCCCUUCACACACCAGUCCUCACAAACCGCCUGGUCCAGUUGGUGUCAGCCUCCAAUAAGCUUCCUAAGAAGAGGCCGCGCUCCGAGCCUCACCGGCCCAGGACCAGACGCUUCCCCGGCCCCGCUGGAUUCCUGCCGCAGCAGCCGCAGGGUCAGAGCCUGGACGACAUCGUGGUUUCUGUCCCUCAGACUCCAGCUCACGGUGUUGUGGCCCGUUCACCGAGCCAGGGCUCCAGCUCACAGACUGAAGAAGAGGAGUUCAGCGGCGGCGCCUGGGCAGCGAUGAAGGCAGAGAUGGGAUUGGACGAGAGGAACCCCUCGUGUUUCCUGCACUCUUACAGCGUGGUCAUGGUGCUCCGAAAGGCUGCGCUGAAACAGCUGCCGAGAAACAAAGUGCCAAACAUGGCCGUGCUCCUGAAGAGCAUCAUCUACACACACGCUGAUGCCAAGGCUGUGUUUAAAGAUCCAACAGGGGAGAUUCAGGGAACGGUGCAUCGGCGUCUGCUGGAGGAGCGAGUGGAGGAGCUGAAGGUCGGCGCUGUGCUCCUGCUCAAACAAGUCGGUGUGUUUUCCCCCUCCCAUCGUAACCAUUACCUGAACGUGACUCCCAACAACCUGCUGAGGAUCUACUCCCCUGAUGGAGUCGGUGUGUCCUCCACUCAGCUCCCGCCGCUCAUCCUGGAGCCGAUGUUGCUUUCACCCACUCGGCUUCCCACAGCCGGCCUCCGGGAGCCCGUGUCUCAGAUGCAGCUGGUGUUUGACGAGGACGACGACGAGGGACAAGAAGGAGGGAAAUGCUCAGAGAGAGGCGGAGACCCUCAAACCCCAAAAGACACUAGAGCAGACUCCGGCAGAGGCCCCCGAGAGCCCGCUGCAGCACCACAGGACUCAGGCUGGGAUGCAGAUGAUGACCUGGAUGAACUCCUGGGAGAGUUACCCGAGGACACCUACAGCCUCUGAUGUUACAUCAGCAAACCUUCUGUACAGACUGUCCGCAAUCGCUCAACCACAGUAAAGACGAUAUCCUUUGGUUUUCUGAUGUCACUUCUUUAAAAUCAGUACUGUCUGACCACUGAAGAACUUGUGAAAAUGUGUAAAUGUUGUAAAAAAAAAUAUUCCCUUCUGUAACUGUGUUCCUUAUCCGCUUUAUAAAUCCGACAGGGAAUAGUCUCAAGUUAAUUUGUUCUUACUGUGUCAUUUCUCUGCAUCACUGGUGAUUGAUGUGUUAUAAGAAACAGUCUCUCACAGCCAACACAUGCUUAUUAAUUAAUUACAAAAGCUCCAAAAAUCAGCUUAGUUUGAUUUCAGCUUCAUGUCUUAAAUUCUUAUAAAGAAUUAUAAUUAGUCUGGGAUAAUCUGCGUUUGUGUUUUAAGGAUGCAAGCCCCUCACUUCUCUUCCAUUCAUUCAUCCAUUGUCGCACUUUACCUCAGUGACCUUGAA